UAAUGAGAAUGCUGUACUACGGGUUGGUUUGAGUUCACAACAUCUCCAGAACGCAAUGAUUGGAUCUCCAGUAACCUAUUCUCAAGCUGCACAGGGAGUGGUCGUUGAAUUCACUGUAGACCCAAUCGCCAUCGCUCGCUACGUGAGUUUUGAUAUUCCAACCGAUGAGGGCGCAACAUCAAACUUAGCGCUUGCCGAGGUCAAGGUUGAAGAAAUCACUGAAAGUGGAAGUGGAGACACCUUUUUAGCUGCUCUUCCUUUGUCCGGUAAUCCAAGUCGUCAAAGUUCAACUUAUAAUCAAAUGAGACCUGCCUCGGAAGCUCUGGAUGGAGAUCGGUCAGGUUUGACCUUCAGCCGUACAGUUUUUGAACUGAACCCUUGGUGGAAGGUGGAUCUUGUGGCGGAAUAUUGUCUCGGCAAAAUCAGAGUUAUGAACAGAAAACAUAAUUUAGUCGUGAGUGACACACUUGGUUCGCAAAACAGGUAG